GCUAGGGGUGCAAGGACACAAGCCUCCGUGUCACUCGCGUCCCAGCAGCUGCCUCGCAGAGUCCCGGUCCCCGCCGUGGGGGCUCUUGCCGCCGCCUCAUAGCGCCCCUUUCCCGACGAUGCCGCCCCCCGCCCCGCUUCAGCCGAGCGCAUUCUCAGCGGCACUCCCGCAGCCAGCGGGCCAGCCCCGGCCCGGCGGAGGCGGCGCUGAGCCCCCCGCCCCCUGCGGCGGAGCGGCGGGGUGAGGCGCUAGGACCCGGCGGCGGCUGGGCGGCGCGGGGCCGCAGCCGUAAGCGGUGCGGAGGAAGCUGCCGCCGCUCCGCCGCCUCCUCCCGUUCCUCCCGCAGUCGCCCCUGCCCGUGGCGGCAGCUCUCCCAGGCUCCCCCGGGGCGCUCGGCAUGAGGAGGAUCAGGGCCAAUGCCAUCGCCAUCCUGACCGUCGCCUGGAUCCUGGGCACUUUCUACUACUUAUGGCAGGACAACAAGCCCCGCUCGGCGGCGGCCGCCGGCAGGUCCAGCAGCAGUGGCGGCGGCGGCGCCCGGAGAGGGCAGAGGACGGACGGCAGGCUGGAGGUCCGGCGGGAGGAGAGGACCGUUCCCUUAAGCAUGACAAGGGCUCCCCAAGGAGAGAACAGCCGGAGGGGUUUUGAUGAGAAGGCUUACUUGUCCUCAAAGCUGCUGAAGGCUGGAGAAGACCCUUACCGCCAGCAUGCUUUUAACCAGCUAGAGAGCGACAAACUCAGCAGCGAUCGGCCCAUUCGGGACACCAGGCACUACAGGUGCACUUCUGUCCACUACGACACAGACUUGCCAGCGACCAGCCUCAUCAUCACCUUCCACAACGAGGCACGCUCCACCCUGCUCCGCACAGUCAAGAGUGUCCUGAACCGCAGCCCUCCCAGCCUCAUCCAGGAGGUCAUUUUGGUGGAUGACUUCAGCUCAGAUCCUGAGGACUGCCAGCUCCUUACCGCCAUCCCAAAGGUCAAGUGUCUACGAAACACUCGGCGAGAAGGUCUGAUUCGCUCUCGGGUACGAGGAGCUGAAGUGGCUGCUGCUGACGUCCUCACCUUCUUGGACAGUCACUGUGAAGUCAACAGCGAGUGGCUGCAGCCAAUGCUUCAGAGAGUGAAAGAGGAUCAUACCCGAGUGGUGAGCCCAAUCAUUGAUGUGAUCAGCUUGGAUAAUUUUGCCUACCUGGCAGCAUCAGCAGAUCUGAGGGGAGGGUUUGACUGGAGCCUUCACUUUAAGUGGGAGCAGAUUCCUAUAGAGCAGAAGAUGUCCCGAACAGACCCAACUCAGUCUAUAAGAACCCCUGUCAUAGCAGGAGGAAUAUUUGUGAUCAACAAGUCUUGGUUUAACCACCUGGGGAAAUAUGACACUCAAAUGGACAUCUGGGGAGGAGAAAACUUUGAGCUCUCUUUCCGCGUGUGGAUGUGCGGCGGCAGCCUGGAGAUCGUGCCCUGCAGCCGCGUGGGACACGUCUUCAGGAAGCGCCAUCCCUACGACUUCCCCGAGGGCAACGCACUCACCUACAUCAAGAACACCAAGCGCACGGCAGAGGUGUGGAUGGAUGAGUACAAGCAGUACUACUACGAGGCCAGGCCGUCUGCCAUCGGCAAGUCCUUUGGAAGGUCACUGCUAGUGCUCAGAACUCAGCAACAGCUACGUGGGAGAAUGAGUAGUGGGAAAAAGUUUGUUGCAGACCGACUGGAGCAGCGACGCAACCUGAACUGCAAAUCCUUCCAGUGGUACCUGGAGAACGUCUACCCUGAACUCAAGAUUCCUGAAAAGGAAUUGAUCCCAGGAAUAAUUAAACAAGGAGGAAACUGCCUGGAGUCUUGGGCACAGGAUGCCACAGGGAAUACACUGGCUGCCAUGGGAAGCUGUAAGGGCACAGUGAGCAAUCCACCUGUCACUCAGGAGUGGGUGUUCAGUGACCCUUUAAUUAGGCAGCAGGACAAGUGUCUUUCCGUCCUGUCCUUCUCUCCUGGCUCGCAGAUCACACUGAAAGCCUGCAAUCAAAAAGACGGCAGACAGAAGUGGAAGAUGAAAGGCACUUUCAUUCAACAUUUUGUCAGCGGUCUCUGCCUGGAAAACCAGCCCGGGAGAGUGGUGACCAACUCCUGCCAAGCAGGUGCACCUGGCCAACAGUGGGAGGUGUUGCAAGCAACAUGAUGGUAGCACAGAGAUCUCCUUGUUUCUUUGUGCAUGAGACUUUGGGAACAGAGGAGCCUGGGGAAAGGAGGAGUGCUUCUUGUAUGUCUAACCCUAAAUGUUUUCAUUGUGCCCAUCAGCAAGCCAUCAUUUCAGCUGAGCACUUGGUGUUUCUGGGCUGUUCAGAGAAGCAGCUGGACUGAGAGAGGGGUGAGGAGAGUUGUUGAAAUCUUCCCAUCUGCUGUCUUAUAUUCUGGGUUGUAGCUGAUUGUGCACAGCUGCAGCCAGAGAAAAGAGGAGAACCCAGCCCCAUAGCUGGAGUGACCAGAACUGCUCUGCAGCUCUUCCCAUCCAUUUCUUCUCAGCAUCCAGAGUCCACAACUUCCAGUCUCGACAGCUUAGACAAUGCUUGUGCAAACAGUGGCAGCUCUUUGGUCUCUCUGGCUUUUCUGUCUGUCACAGAGCAUCGUUUAUGCAUGUGUGUCUCUCACUGAGGACUGGUCAGAAGAAGAGUCUUCAUGAUGAGUGAAGGGGCCGGGAGGGAACUAAGCAGACCCUGGGAACAGGUUCAUAACCACUUUGUGGCAGGCCUGUUCUUUUCUCUGCCCACAGUAGCUGCCCUACAGCCAAAUGCUCUGAGGGCUGGCACAGUGAUGACCAGAGAGCUGGAAAUGGGACAGCCUGUUUCAGCAGCAUAACGGGGGGUUGGUUUGGAAACUAGCCCCUGUUGAAUUCUUGCUUCCAGUUUCCAUGGGGGGAAGGCUAGCCCUGCCUCCAUGAGCCAUCCAAGGCUGCAGACAGCCCAACCUCACCUGGGUUCAGGGUGCUCUUGUAGAGCUGGUCAGAGGUGGGUGCUGAUGCUUUGGGAUGCCAGCAAAGCUGAGACCAUUCUCUGACUGCUACUCUGGUGCUACCAGACACUGUCUGCUGCGCCCCACACCAAAGGUGAUGCACAUAGCUGUGUGGAAGUGCACACUGACAGUGCCACUGGACUUGAGCCAGGCCACUGGAAGGAGCCCACCCAGUUGCCUGCUGUGAGAGGCAGAAGGAGCCAGCCCCUAGAUCAUCACAGGCUUCCUGCUGCUGGCUGGGCAGGAGCACAGCCCCCUCGCUGACUCUGGCUCUGCAUGGCCCUUGUGCAGGCAGCCCAGCAUGACAAGCCCCCUGGUCCCUGUGCCCAGCUGCUUUUCCCUCUCUCAGAAAGAGGAGGCAAAAGACCAGGGGGUGCGCCGGUUGUGACCUCCAUCUCUCCUCUCACCUUGGAGAGGUUGGUUGGUGAAGCUGAAACUUGCCCCUGCACAAGUGUUGCCACAGUAGAGGUCUGCCCUGCGAGAUGGCCUUUGUGUUCUGGGCAUACCAAAGACAAGUGGUGUCUCUAGCUAGUGCCCCAGCCCUGCUCCCACUUAGCAGCCAGCUGCAGCUGAGCCUGUGUUUUCACACCUGCCAGGGCAAGUUAACUUAGUCAAAUGAAAAAUCCAUCCCCGCAGCCUUAACCUGUCCCACUAGAUUUGUUCAACUUUCCUCUUGGAGAUAGGUUUUUUGAGCCAACUGCCCUCUCCAGGAGCCUCUCAGGAGAGCCAGCUGGUGAGGCCACCUUCAGCAGACAUCUGCUUGCCUGGAUCCUUUCUGGUGUGGAAGAAACAGGUUGUUCAUGUGGGUUCUGAAGAGCUGGCUGCUUUCGACUGCUGGCUGUAUCCCCUGUUAGUUCUUUCUCCCAGCACGGUGCUGGCCCGAGCAGCUGAGGGCAGAGCAGGCAUGCGCUGGGGAGCGCUCGGGGGAGAGCUGCACACUUGGAUUUCAACUCUCAGUUCUUUUAUUAAAAAACAAUUCAACCAGUCGUGUGGCAGGAGCUCUUUUUCUGUGUCCCCCUUCACUCUUGACAGCAGGUCACUGCCUCAGCACCGGUGAGGCAGGGGAGUGUCCUCCCUGGACUGUGCUGUGCAAACCCUUUGGUGCCAAGCUUACGGCACAGCACAGCAUGCGUUUGCCUGGGAGCUGGGGGGCUGACUCUGCAGAUUUCUCUUUCCCUGUAUAGAGAUUGCCGUGGUGUGAGGCCAGGAAAGAACAGGAAAGGAAAGAGAAGAGCCAAGGAAUGGACAGAAGGCAGGGCAGACAGGACAGCCCCACGGUGGGGAAGAAAUGCUGUCCUACCAGCAGCUGCUUCUCUAAACAAGCCUGUGCAGGAGAUGUUACUUCAGUACAGCAUCGUGGAAUCAGAGAAUGGUUUAGGUUGGAAGGGACCUCAAAGUUCAGCCAGUUCCAAACCCUCCUGCAAGAACAGGUCACUCAAGGCCUCAUCCAACCUGGCCUUGAACACCUUGAACAUCAUUAGGCAGUAGGAGAUAGGAACAGUCAAGAGUCCCUUUUACAAGAAGGAUAUGGAUCUGCUGGAAGGUGUCCAGAGCAGGGCCAUGAGGACGCUCAGAGGGCUGGAGCUGCUCUGCUAUGAGGAGAGACUGAGGGAGUUGGGGCUGUGCAGUCUGGAGAGGAGAAGGCUCCCAGGUGACCUUCUUGUGGCUUUUCAGUAUCUUAAGGGGCCUACAAGAAAGCUGGGGAGAGACUUCUUAGGCUGUCAGGCACUGAUAAGACUGAGGGGAACGGAGCAAAGCUGGAAAUGGGUAGAUUCAGCCUGAAUGUUAGGUAAAAGCUCUUCAGCAUGAGGGUGGUGAGGCCCCAUCCCUGAACUGGGUGAUCCUUGUGGUCCCUUCCAACCCUGACUGUUUCUAUGAUUCUCUGGCUCCAAGUUCUCAUCUGCCUGCCAUGACAAAACGUUGAUUCAGACAGAAAGAGAGGCCCUUGAGCAGGUUCUGCAUGUCAGCUCUGAAUAGAAUGAAGUUCUAAAGGAUCAAGUCAUUUUGUCAGAAUGCAGCAUAAUGCAUCUAAGGUCCACACAUUUCACUCCCUAGCAGCUUAUGGGUUGCAGCUAACAGCAUCUUCAAUCCUCCACCAGGUGCUGCUUCCUUUCUCCUUGCUCCUACUGUGCGUGUGCUGCUUUCUUGCAGUUCCUUCAUAACCAUACUGGGACUGGGACCCAGUUCUUCUACAAACAACUUUCCUCACUGCUGCAGUGUCUGUGUCUCCAAGCUCUGGGCUAACCCUUGGUUCAAAAGGUUCUUGUCAGCACCCUGGCUACUGCCCUUGACUUUGUGCUUGGCUCCAGUACUGGAGGUUACUGAUAGCUUCUGGAGCAGAGGUACUUGGAUUAGCUGUGGUGAUUUAUGCCUCUUUUCCUACUGCUCACUACCUGGCAGGGUGUGAACUGGCAUCCAUUUGGGACUGUCAGCUGAAGGCUGGAUGCUCUCCUUCUUCAGGAACCCCAGACUAGGGGAGAAAAGGUAAAAGGUGGUUAUAUGUCACUAAUUUAAAUUAGGCUUAAAAAUUAAAGUUGUUGAGCAUGAGAGUGGUGAGAGCCUGGAAUAGGUUGCCCAGGGAGGUGGUUGAGGCCCCAUCCCUGGAGAUGUUUAAGGCCAGGUUGGAUGAAGCUGUGGGCAGCCUGCUCUAGGGUAGGGUGUCCCUGGGCAUGGCAGGGUGUUUGGAACUGGCUGAUCCUUGUGGUCCCUUCCAACCCUGACUGAUUCUGUGAUUCUAUGAAAUUGGCCUUGGAGUUAGGGGCUACCAGAGCCCUAACUCUACCUGACUGUGGACAUGUUCUCCUGAGGCCAUCUCCUCACAAACCCAACAAAAUUCUGCUGUCAUCAAAAACACUGCUCACAGGGUCUCCCCCUACAUCAUUUUCUGGAAGCCAUUGGUUUCCAAUAGAUUUGAGCAGUUGCUGAAAAGGAGGUGCACUACAAAAGGCUGCUUUUGAGUGUGGGCAAAUUUGGAACACUUGUCCAGAGUUAUUGUUAGCAUAGUUUCUGUAUCUCUCGUGCUGAAGGGAAGGAGGAAUGAUGUUAUUUGUGCUUCCCACCCCCUCCCUCAAAGUCCACAUAGUGCCGUGCUUUGGAACAGGGCUCUGGUGGGGUUUUGGAAAGCAAACUGAGACCCCAGAUUUGUCCCAGUGACUUAUUUCUUCAACAGUGAGAGCAAGCAGCUGCUCACCCUUGUUUCCCUUCAAACAGCCCCUGGACUGUGAAGGCAGAGUGUUCACAUUGGGAAUGCCUUUUCAGAAAGCUGUUUUUGUAUCAGGUCAUCCAAUGUCACUUGAUGUGCUGUGAACCAAUGAGGGGUUUAUUUGAGAGGAGCUGAACCUACUGUUGUAAGGAAGCCAAUUUUUUGGAAGUGUUGGGUUUCCCUCCCCCCCCCACUCACAAGCUGCACUUUGUCAGACAUAAUUUAUGUAGAGCCCAGAUUUGUUUUCCCUUUUCUUGAAGAAAGCAUGAGGCAGAGUCUUUUUAAUGCCUGGAAUAAAACCCACUUUGAAACAA